CUUGUAUGCGUUUUCAGUUUUCAUGUGUAAUUGUGGUAUUUGUUUUGAAGACGGACGCCAUAAACCUGCCGCUGAGUUUAAAAGAGGGGGGGAAAAAGCGAAAAGUGCCGGGGUAAUGAAUGGCAUCAAGCAGUACAAAGUGAGACAGAGAAAGGGUAGGCCUUGUCUUGAGAGAUUUUCUGCUCCUGUAGCACAGAGAGCGUGAUGUCAGCGGUGGCAGUACUGUUGUAAUUGACUUGGUGGGGGUGAUGGCGUCAUUUUAUGCCCUGGUGUAGCCUCCUGCUCCAAUAUCGAAGGGGAGACGGAUCUUUGGCCGACGCGACCGUGGCUCCCUUGGCCGGGAUCGAGCACCGCCGAGCCGGACAACUCACCCCGGGAAACAUGGAGGCUGUGGCCGAGGAGCUGCGGGCCGGCUCUCGGGUACCUGUCACUAUCGAUCAAAUAGUUAACGAUACACUGGUGGUGACGCUGACCUAUCGAGAAAGGAUCUACACGGGGAUUUUACUCGAUUGCAACAAAAAGACCGGGCUAUUUUGUCUACCAGACUUCACAACAAAACUCGGGGACUGCCAAGAAUCUAAACCUGCUUCUGAAAUCCAAGAAGUUCUGAGCGAGGACUCGGUUUCCAAAUCUCCCAGCCAGGUUUCACACAGACCAAAGGAUGAAAACACUCUCCCUGAAAGCAGCAUACCUACACCUCCUCUACCCUGCCCCGUUCCCACACCAGUGCCAGCUGGACAGACUCCUUAUCCUCCUUAUUUUGAAGGAGCCCCCUUCCCCCAGCCCUUAUGGGUCCGCCACACCUACAGCCAAUGGGUACCUCAACCCCCUCCACGACCAAUCAAGAGAAAGAAGAGGCGAACGCGAGAGCCCGGCCGUAUGACCAUAAGUACUAUCCGUCUGCGGCCUCGGCAGGUACUGUGUGAAAAGUGCAAGAACACGCUAAAUAGUGACGAGGACAGCAAAGAUGGCAUGAGCAACACCAAGACCUCUAGAAAAGAAAAUUCACUACAAAGUGACGAUGACGGCUACGACAAGGAUACUCCUAAUAAGUUGUCAAGAAAAGAGGACACAGUCACAGCCAAGGACACUAAAAGACGGGAAAAUGGCACCAGCCUUGAUAGUAAGCGUCUCAGAAAGGACAAAAGGUGCGAGGCUGAUGGGGAGAAGUACCCUGGAACUGAUGUCAUUCCACACAGUCCCGUCAUAAAGAUCUCCUACAGCACUCCACAGGGCAAGGGGGAGGUUAUGAAGAUCCCGGCGCGAGUCCACGGUUCAGUCAAACCAUUCUGCCCCAAACAGCUGGUGCAGAAUGGCGUGGGGGAAAACGACAAGGCAACUUCUGAUGCCACCAAGGAACAGCGGCACAUUCUAGAUGCCACAAGGUCUGGCCUCACUGUGUCCAUUCCCAAACUCAAACUAACAAGACCUUUUGCAAAUGUAGGUCAGGACACACCUUCUCCAAAGAUCCGUUUGAGACCCCCUCAGAGGGACACUGAGGAGAGCGUGGUCGAGUAUGAUGCGGAACUUCUUGGAGGCACCAGGAGACGGAGCCCUAGGGGGCCCGGGCCGUGUCUCCCGCACUCCGAAGACUCAGGAGAAGGCAAGAACUCUCUGGAAUUGUGGUCAGGGAGUUCAGGUGAGGAGGCGGAUCGCGGCCACAGCGACCUCACCCUUCUCAUUAACUUCCGUAAGCGUAAAGCAGAUUCUUCUAGUUUGUCGGUGUGCAGUAGCGACAGCCUGGACGAGUCAAAGUCCUUCAGCUCGGACGGCACCUCACCAGAGCUGUGCGAUCUGGCGCCUGGUGAAGACCUCUCUGUAACCUCAUCUUCUGUACCUUCACGGGACGACUGCAAGACGGUGCCGCCUCUCACAGUGCGGCUUCACACCCGCAGCAUGACAAAGUGUGUGACAGAAGAAGGUCACGCCAUAGCGGUGGGUGACAUCGUGUGGGGGAAAAUCCACGGCUUCCCCUGGUGGCCCGCACGCGUCCUGAGCAUCAGCGGCACUCGCAAGCAGGAGACAGCCAGUUGCGAGGCCCAGUGGCCCCAAGCCAAGGUGGCGUGGUUCGGUUCACCCACAACCUCCCAGCUUUCUGUUGCCAAACUGUCGCCCUUCAGAGAGCUCUUCAGGUCCCGCUUCAACCGGAAGAAGAAAGGGAUGUACCGGAGAGCUAUCCUGGAGGCAGCCAAGGCCGUGGGUCACAUGAGCCCGGAGAUUACGUCACUGCUUUCUCACUGCGACACGUAGCUUUGCUUUUGGAUAGAUUCCUGGACCCUGCAGAGGUUGCACAGCUGGUCCAGCUCCUCCAGGAUAGCAAAUCAAUACGUGCCACUGCCAGAAGGUUUGCUGUGUUUCCAAGCACAGUCUGAAGAACAUGGAGGAGAUUCCAGGAGACAGUUACUCUAGGAGAGCUGGACAGGGCCAUGGAAGGUCUUUAACCCAUCAGCAGGACUCGUAUCUGCUCCUUUGUGCAAGGACGAACAGGAUGAGCCCUGCCAGAGCUACAAAAUGACCUCCAGCAGGUCACUGGUGUGAAUGUUUCUGACCAAACAAUCAAAAAGAGACUUCACGAGGAUGGCCUGAGGGUUAUCCUCACUGCCCAGCACCGUAGAGCCCAGCUGGCAUUUGCAAUAGAAUACCAGUAUCAGCAGGUCCAUCACCGCUGUGCUGUGCUUUUCACAGAUGAGAUCAGGUUCACCCUGAGCACGUGCGACAGACGUGAAGGGGUCUGGAGAAGCCAAAGAUAAUGUUAGAACAUCACGGUUCAUUGUUGGGUCAGAGAGACACACAGACCUCUGAAGGUUACAAUGAACUAGUCCGCUGGAUCAUUUUUUCACUUUAAAUUCAGCCCUCUCUCAGUUGAUCACUUUCAUUCCCAUCAAAUGAUGUGGCAUCUUUUGUUCCUAGCACAAUAUCCAUAUCAGAAUAGUUGUCCAGUGUGAUUCCCCUCCAAAGAGAUCUGAUGUGUUUACAAAGUGUUCCUUUAAUAAUUUUGAGCAAACAACAUUUUAAAGAAAGCUGAUAUACUGUGUAAUAUUUAAAUAAAACAAUAGUGAGGUUAUUCACAAAUCUUUCACACAAUAUAUAACUGGAAAAAAGUGAAAAAACUGGGACAUUAUAUUCGACAAGGGUUCAAUGAUGCUGUUGUUUUUAAAGUAGGUUUAUCAGUUGUUCCCUGAUUUCAGCUGCUCUUGAAGUCCUCCGUUUUUGAUAUUGUUCACAUCAUAAUGUGACAAAUAUAUAUGAAUAAUGACAGGUUUGCACUGCAAUCCAGAUUAGCACCUGAGGUCGUGCUGUUCAGAAUGCCCGAGGGCCUGAAGAUCACAGCUGUUAGUUAAAUGUUCAGCCUCGUCUCUUGCAUACAGAGACGGCUCUGUUUAAAGGUUGGAUUACAAAUAUCAUCAGUGUUGGAAGAUAAUCAGACCUCAUGUGGAUUCGUGCUCUUUUCCCCUAUAUAGCCUGCUUAACAGUGAACGACAGAAUCAUUUGGAAUCGGGGGGAAGUCUCCCACACCUUGUAAAGAGCCUUGAUCUCUACCGCCAUCUGCUGGGAGUAGACAAGAAUGCAAGCAUCAGCUUUGUUUUAAGCCUGUGUACCUCUUGCCUUACCUUUCCCGAUAUUACCUGUGGUAAUAUAAUGGACAGUUUCAGCUCCUCCUUUCAAUGCCCAGUUGUGCAACGAGGGGCAGCCCAAAGUACAUUUGCAAUUUCCAUUUCUGCUGAAUAGUUUACAUUAGCAACCUUUUCACACAAGCAACUCCCAAAAUGUCCUUGGAAAGCAAACACCUGUUGGUCACAGCGUGGAAGUGUGAUCUUUUCCAGUUGGGCCGAGGCCACCGGUUGAUGUCAAUUAAGCCCCGCUCUGCCGGGACAUUUACAUAAGGCUCUGGAGAGCAGCACAGAGCAUGGUUUGUUUCCCGUUUUGGCAGCAGCCGUUUCCUAGGAACACACAGGCCUGUUUUCAGCACCUUCAGGAGCUUUGUGUUUGACAAGCAGCAUAAAAAAAAGGGCCUAAUCCCAGCGGUUUAUAUUUAGUACAGUUGUCUCAUUACAAGUCUGAAUCACGGGGUUGUUUGCUUGACAUAUUGCCAAUUUUAGUUUGAAUUAAUGCUGGAAUGAGUAAGAAAGGUGAACUUGGCCCUGAGAGCAACCCCCUCUGUGUUUUGGAUGGGCUGCUGUUGCUAAACGGCAGUUGUUUUAGUGAGGUGAAUGGCCCCGAGCCUGUGACGCAGAAGUACUUAUGAGUAGACACUAUUUAGGGAGGGGAGAAAAGCAUGCCUCUAACACGGCGGCUUUGUGACAUAAGCCAUCAUCACAAUUAUGAUGUUACGAGUAAAAGCGAGGCGUGAGAUGACACCGUGAAACUUACUACGUGACAUAUUUCGCCCUGUUGAGGAAUAUCAAAGAUCUGGUUUGGCAAGUGCUUCCAGCUUGGCCGGGAGAAGAGAAGAGAUUCAGUUUCAUGUUUGAUCUUUCAUCAAGGGUAAAAAGAUCACUCGAAAAUAUUUAUUGGUUUCUUCAAUAACAAAUGGUUUCCGAAGGCUCGUGCAGAGAGAUCGCCUGGAAAAUGAUCAUUUAAAGCCCCAUUAUGUCCAUUUUGGCCAAACAUACAAAGACAAUGCUGUGAUAUCAUCCUGUGGUGAACAUGUUGGUAAACCUUUUAUUGCCAUAUAACUUCAGCUCGUUAUGCACUCUCCUUUGAGCUCUGUUUUGGUCUCCUCCAGUUCUCAAAGAGCAUGUCUGGUUGCUGCUAGCAGUUUUGGGGACUAUUGCGAGGUCACUUGGAACUAUUUACUUCAAAGACAUUUUGGUUUUUUUUCCAGUUUCCAGCUAAUAGAUGAUGAAAUAACUGGUAAGUGGUUGAUAAUGCAAUUCCACUUCUUGUUUUUGUCUCACUUUCUUGUAAUCACGUUUCACAGCCUUGAUGUAUCUUAGCACGUGGCGGCACGGCGGUGCUGUGGUUAGCACUGUUACCUCACAGUUUGAAUCCACCAUCAGGACGGCAGCCUUUCUGUCUGGAGACUGCCUUGGCUCUCCCUGGGUACUCCAGCUUCUCACUACAGUCCAGAGACAUGCAGUUAGUGGGGUUAGAUUAACUGGCGUUUCUAAUUUGGCUGUAGGGGUCAAAUGUUGUUUUUGUGUGUUAGCCCAGCGACACCCUGCCUCUUUAUGAUGCUGAACUGGAUAAACAGAAUGAAAUGGGUGGACUGACAUUUCUCUGCUGUAUGGAGGACCCCUAUAUUUCCAUAGUUUUGACCACUUAACCUAUACUUGGGUCUAGACCAAUCACAGUAAGGCUACAUCACCUUGAGUUCCUUUGGCUCUAAGUGUGGAGUCCUUGUUCUAACUCUCUGCAGUUAGUGUACACUUUGAUAAUCAAAACUUUGCCACUGCUGCAGAUGAAAUGCAGAUGUCAUGAGUACAAUGAGAGAAAUAAAACAGGAAGCAAAACCAAAACAACAGGAUGAAGGACACAAAAACGUCCUGCAGAGUGGAGACUACACUAUGUUCACUGAUUGCUACAAGCAGCACCUUUCAAAUAGCACAAAUAGUUUGAACCUCUGUUAAUAUGAAAUAUUAUGUUUCGAUUUUAAAGCUCUAAAAAGUUUAUAUCUCAGGACUCUUUUUUUAUCUGCUUUUCUGCCCUGAAGUAGCUACAAACCUUCUAAUACAGCUGCAUCUUUUCAGAAUACAUCUAUCUAGUUUGAAGCUACAUAUUUAGAAUCCAGAGCAAUGUGCCAGAGCAGGGAGACGUAUAUCAAUCAGUCCCGCUUUAAACUAAAAAUGAUUUAGGCCAUCUUUCAGGCCUCUUUCAGAAAAUAACUGACCUUUGUCCCAGCAGAAUAACAUGCUCCAAAUUAAUUGCUUAGGGAAGAUAAAUUGGUAUGGGGCGAUAUUAUAAUGCACCCACUGGGAGCUCCAAAAUAGGCUUCCUCGCAGUGGGAUCCACUCUGGCCAAGAGGAGGUGGAGAAAUAUGCCAGGGCACAGUCCAGGCAGGAUAUAAAAAAACCAGAAGAAAAAUAAAUUGAAAAAGCUAAUUUUAUGUACUGACCCAACUGAAAUAAUGUGAGAGGGUUACUUGAAGCCACCCCCAGCUAGCUUUUCUGCCCUGUAUGUUCUUAUGUUCAGAACGUGGCCGUGUUUUCCCCACAUUUCAGUCUAUUCACUUACUCACACUUGGCUUUACAAGUGAGGAUGUACAGGAUGAAAUGAGGGGGCACAAAUAAAACAAAUGAUAUAAGCUUUCAGAUGCUCCCUUAUUCACAGGGGGUCACCACAGCGGGUAGCUCCGCAUGUUUGAUUUGGCAGAUUCUCACGCCAGAUGACCUUUCUGACACAACUGGGAGGAAGAUCCAAGAAUCUGCUUAAUAUCAUGUGUUCUAUUUUAAUUAUAUGUACUUUCCCCAGUAAACACUCACUGGCCAUUUCAUUAGGUAUACCUAUUCAACUUCUUGUUAUUGCAAAUCUCCAAUCAGCCCAUUACAAAGCAAAUCAAGUCAUGUAGAGAUGGUCAAGAGAAGCUGCUGAAGUUCAAACGAGUAUCAGAAUGCUGAUUUAAGUGACUUUGAGCGCGCCAUGUUUGUUGGUAACAGAUGGGCUGGUAUGAGUAUUUCAGGAACUGCUGAUCUGGUGGGAUUUUCCCACACAAACAUCUGUAGAGUUUGCAGAGAAUAAUCAAAAAAUAUCCCAUGAGCAGCAGUUUUCUGGGUGAAAAUAACAACAAUAACUCAAAUAAGCAGCCAAACCACGCAGAAGAGCAUCUCAUAAUGCACAACAUGUCCAGCCUUUAAGCACAUGGCCUACAGCAGCCGAAGACCACAUACUGCUCCUGUCAGCUAAGAACAGGAAACUCGGGCUACAACUCGCGCAGACACAUCAAAAUUGGACAUGAAAAGAUUGAAACGUGGUUGCCUGGUUUGAUGAGUCUUGAUGAUGUCAGGGAUAUUUUCUUGGACCACUUUGGGCCCCUUUCUAGGGCUAGGCAUCACUUAAACACCACAGCCUACCUGUGUAUUACUGUUGACCAUGUCUAUCUCUAUAUGACCACGCUGUACUCAUCUUUUUAUACCUGCUUCCAGCAAGUUAAUGCACCAUAUCUCAAAACUUAGGUUAUCCCAAACUGGUCUCUUGAACCUGACAAUGAGUUCACAGCUCCACAGUCACCAGAUUUCUGCUAAAGCAAUCAAAUAAAGCUCCUGUGGGAGAUGGACAUCAUGGAUGUGUGCUGCUGUCACAUUAUGCUAUCACAUCAAUAUGGAGCAAAAUCUUAAGGAAUGUUUCCAACACAUUAUUGAAUCUACAUCACAAAGAUUUAAGGCGGUUGUAAAGUCAAAAGGAGGUCCAAUCCAGUACUAGCAACACCUAAUGAAUUAGUACAUAUUGGGAUAGGGUGCAAAGCUGUAUGGAACAAAAACAUGAUGACACAAUACAAUUAAAUGCUAAACUUUCUUUUCUACAUAAUAACAGUCAAAGAGUUAAAUGAUAGAAUCCAUCAGUAGGGUCUUUUGUCCCCUUGGGUAACUUUUUUCAUUAUGCAUGUAACUGAAUCCAUUGUGCAUUUUAGAAAUAUCAAUUAUUGCAAUUUUAAAGCUGCUUUGAUCAGUGUUUUUACAUUGUUGCUGUAUUUUUUCGCUCUCUCUGUGCCCUUAAUACUUAUUUUCAGCAGCACGCAGCUAUUUACACUGAAACGUCUGACAAACUCACUCUACUUUACCUACCCAGCACCACACAGCAGCCUGACAAAGUUAGGUAGUGAAUGCAAUCCAUUAAAACGUCAUUUAUUUAUUUUGCUCCAGUCACAGAUUACACCAAAGAGGAGUCAGUGUAGUCUUGUUGCUCUCUGAUUUAAACUCUUAUUGAUCUGGAUACAAGAGGCAAAGCAAAAAAAGAUCCUAUAUAUCCUGUCUGUGGUUGAAUUAUUUGUUAUUUAAGUACAGCUUACACACUGUUUACUAUCCUAGAAUAACAGAUAAUCAGUUGCCGUUUGACCCUGAUGUUAAACUGGAACUCUUUUGGCUUGUCAAGUGGCCAAACCAGGUGAGAUGAACUGGAAAGGUUGGAAUUCAUAGUUUGUUUUGUCUAUGAUGACACACAAUAAAAAAUACACAGACAAUAUACUUACGUCUGCCCAUUAAAGCAGAGAAUUUCCAGAUGAGGAAGGAACGUGGAUUCUAGGAAUUUCACAACCAUGUUUUGUUUAGUACAUCAAAAAGGUAGUAUGCACAGUAUGAAGUAUAUUUUUAUGAUGAGUUUCAGUGUGUUUUCAAUAGAAGAGGUUCAGGUAAUAGAGUUACAUUUUUAGUUUUGAUUUUUUUUUUUUUUCA